AAGCCCUGUUUCAUCGAGACUGCUGAUGCAGUAUUUGUGUUUAGGUGUACUGCUCCAGAAUUUCUCGCAUUGUCAAGAUGUGUGUAGACAAUUUGACGACUUCAAACCUAUGAAUUAUGAAGGCGAAAUUUAUGAAAAUGCUUCAUAUCGACAAUCGGACCAUCAUUACUACAGGUUGGUGACGCAACGCAGUCAGUAUAGAUCAGAAGACCUUCCCUCUGUUAAACAAAAACUUCCGGGCAGCAUAGUCAAGUUUACUUUCCCGAUUACAUUCUAUGGCGAGCAAUACGGUUCAUUCACAGUAGACGCUUUUGGUGCAAUCGUUCUUCUGGAACCUCGAAACAGUUUAACUGGCGACAGUAAAAUUAUCUUACUUCAAUUGAAGACUGAAUACAAAUUGGUUCAUUCUUGGGCUAUCGGCGAAGGGAAUGUAAUUCAAGGCCUAGUUAGGUUCAAAAUAGAGAAUUGGAAUUGGAUACUUGUUUGGAUAUAUCCUAACGGGAAGAUAUCCAUAUACUACGACCUUAUAUCAUCAGUGAAGCAAAGGAAAUCGGGAAUAUACAGUUCUUUCAACUGCAAAAGUUAUUCAUCAGGCACGUCCAAAUCGUACAGAUACAAUGAGAUAUACGUUCCUAGUGACUGGAUCACAGAUUUCACGUUGGUGGAGUUUGAACCGAUGACAAAAUUGUGUUCUAGUCAAGUUUCGAACGAUUCUUGUCAAGCUGCAUCAACAACUAAUGUGACGUGUCUUUGGUGUUCAAAAGCUUCUAAGUGCAGUAAUGGUCAAGACGUAUACACUGCAUUUUGGCAACAAAAGAAAUGUAAUGUAAGCUCAGAAGAGAAAACUACGAAAACGGAAAAGAAUCUGCAACUCCGUAGACGUAACCUAUACGUCGUGUUACCGAUUGUUAUACCAGUUCUAAUUUUAGGCCUUGCCUCGGCCCUUGGGAUAUUGAUAUACAAAAUGAAAGUAAAUAAGCUGAACAAAUUGUAUCACUUUAGUCACAUUCAUCGACAACUCAAUUCAAUAUUUCAAUAAAUCUUGAAAGCCAACAUAUUUUUGUCGAAAAUUUUCAAAAUAUUAUUGAAUAAUUACAUCAUUUAGAAAUUGAACAAAUAAAAUUAGUUUGACUUUGUUACUAUUAUAUUACUUUAUUCAAAUGUCUUGUCUU